UUUGUGGACUUGCUCAGUGAAUUGCAGGCAUUAGCUACGAGUUGUUUAAGUUGUUUAAGGCUCGUCAUCGUGAAAGAGAAUAAUGAACUAUUCCGACUACGACUCGGAGGAUUAUUCCUCAAAUGAAGAUGAAGAUUAUGUCCCAUCUGAUGACAACCUAAGUGAGGAUGACAUGAAUGAGUGUGUCAAGGAAGAUGGCCUGGAAUUAGAUGACCAAAACGAACUCCAUUCCAACCAAGUAAAGAAGAAAAAGAAAUCAAAUAAAGGCAUUGCUAUGAGGAAAAGGAGAAAGGGAGGACUCAAGCUGGAAACGGGUGACGAGGACACGCCAAACGAACAGCGAGAAGAAGGAGCGAAAGGGGAAGGGGGUCUGCGUGCAGAAGAUGAGUCCCAGCGGAAGAAGAAAGCAGAUGACCUUUGGGCUAGUUUUUUAAGCGAUGUUGGACCUAGGCCCAAAGAUCCUACCGCAGUCUCGCAAGAAAGCACAGCUACAGCUAACUCAGACAAAGCCAGUAAAGCCACCACAGACACUACACAGCAAGACUCUGACCUCAAAGAGCCCUCCAGAAUCACAAUCACAAAAGUGUUCGACUUUGCUGGAGAAGAAGUUCGGGUCACUAAAGAGGUGGACGCUGAUUCGCGGGAGGCUCGGAGCUUCCUGAAGAAGGAGGACAAGGCUGAGGAAACGCCGGAGCAGCCGACCUCUGUCUCAAACGCGUCGCCCCCGUCUUCAGUCGCUCCUGGGCCCAGUGUGAAGAGGCCGGCGGGAAUGGGUGGCAUCUGGAACCGCAUCGGAGGCAAAAAACAGAAGAUGAGCACCCUGGAAAAGUCCAAGCUGGACUGGGAUGCCUUCAAAGAGGAGGAGGGCAUCACGGACGAACUGGCCAUCCACAACCGAGGCAAAGAAGGGUAUGUGGAGAGGAAGAACUUCCUUGAGAGAGUGGACCAGCGACAGUUCGAGCUGGAGAAGAGCGUACGUCUCAACAACAUGAAGCGAUGACAGGAGAGUGGACAGGGUGGAUCCAGUAACACCCACACAAAAACAUGGACUAUAGACGCACACACACACACACACUCUCUCAAACACACACACACUCUUACACAC